UAGAAAAUGGCUAAAGAAGGAGAUAUGUCUUUGUUUAACGAUGUAUUGGAACCAUUUAGGCGGGUAAUAAACACUGAUCCACCGAAGGAUAAAUUGUCGGCAUCUGCUAAAUUAAAUUUUUCUGAUAGUAAUCAGUCAAUAAAAGAUGAUACUAUACUACUAUCGUUGGGUAAAAGAAAAUCUACCUUGGGUACCACCGACUUUGGAACGCCUGAGAAGCGCGUCCGAUCUAACUCCUCCUCAAAUGCUGUAUCGGUACCACCUUCGCCCUGGGAAGCGAAAAGACUUAAGAUUGAUUUAAUUGCAGCUAAAGCUCAGAUUACCAAGUUAGAAGCUAGGGUUAAUCAUCAGCAUACAAUACGUAAAGAAAUGCAAAUUCUAUUUGAAGAAGAAAAGGCAUCACUCACUGAACAACAUAAAAGAGAUGAGCGGGCUCUGUCGGACAUGGAGGAAAGACUUCAGUUAAUAAGAAGACGAGAACAAGAGUUAAAAGAUGAAUACGCUGAGGCAACUAAACAGUAUAAGGAGUACAAAAUGAAGUGGGAUAAGGAUAAAAUUGAGCUUCAAAAACAAAUUGCUGAAUUAAAAGAUAAAUUACUAGAAGCCAAUGUGAGCAGUAAAGAUCAAAUAUCUGAAAUGAAGAAAGACAUGGAUGAAUUACUACAGGCUUUAGAAGGCGCACAGCAAGAGGUAGAAAUUUUAAAAAAAGAAGUAGCGAGACAGACCUCCAGGGCUGAACAAUGCACAACAUUAAGAACACAGCUUGAAAAGCAAACGUUUGAGUUGCAACAAGUUACAAACAAGCUGAAGGAAUUGGAGUAUGAAAAGGAUUCAUAUAAAGAUUGGCAGCAACAGGCAAAAACAGCCCAAAAACGUUUAUCAAACAUGGCUGAAUUAGAAAAGGAAGUAGUAAGGUUGAGAGCAGCAGAAAGAAAUCUUCGAGAUGCAGUAUGCAACAAACUUUUGCUUGAAGAGCAAGUGCAUUUGCUCACUACUAAAUUAGAAACCCUGCAACCGUUGCAACAGGAAUUGCAUGAAGCAACUGUGAAAAUAGCUGCUUUGGAAUCAUCAUUGGAGGAAUGGAAGACAGCAGCUCAUAACCACGGUAUAGAAAAUGCCAGAGCUUUGUCGUCUGCUUUGGAUUCUGCACUAAGUGGGCAGUUGAAUGCAGUAGCUGGAUGCACAGAGGCACAGUCGCUACUUGCACAGCUUAAAGAGGAAGUAGCGACUGUCAAAUUCGAACGUGACAAAGCAAAUACGAAGCUCACUGAUUUACAAACAGUGCGUAAGAAUCAAGAGAGUCUCAUACAUCGGUUGCAAAAACGACUAUUACUUGUCACAAGAGAAAGAGAUAGUUACAGGCAGCAGCUCGAUAGCUACGAGAAGGAGCUGACGGUGUCUAUAAGCGGGGACGCGGCGGGCGGUGCGGGCGGCGCGGCGCUGCUGGCGGCGCGCGUGCAGCAGCUGGAGAAGUCGCUGCAGGCGCACCGCGAGCUGCUGGCCGCGCACGACGGCGAGCGCGGCGACCGAGCACUAGAAAAUGCACGCGCAGAAGCAAACAAAUACAGAGAUGAAGCCGAAACCGCGAAGCGAGAGGUUGCAAAACUCCGAGCCCAACGCGAACAAUUACAAGCUCAUUUGGAGAAACUUGCCGCACCUACAAAAAUCCUUCAUUUAGCUGAUAAUCCUGCUGCAGCUGCACAAAAGCAAAUGCAAGUUGAUUUCGAGUCUGCUCAAGAAGAGAUUAAAAAGUUAAAGGCUGCACUACGGGAUGGUGGAUCUCGCGCCUGUCCUGAAGAAAUGCAACAAUUAAAAACACAACUAGAAAAUAGUCGUAUAAAAUUACAAAGGAUGAAAGAAGAGUUUACUUCUUCAGCUCAGGAAUACCGAGAUGUAUGUUACAUGCUUCUCGGUUACAAAAUAGACAGGACUGGCCAUAAAAAUUAUAGGAUUUCAAAUAUGUACGCCGAGUCAUCUGACGAAUACUUAACAUUCACUCUAUGUGAUGACGGUAUUGAGAUGGUCCAUACGGAUUAUUCGGCAUCAUUAGGUGAACUAGUAGAACUUCACUUACACCAUCACCGCUCCAUACCAGUGUUCCUAAGUGCACUCACCAUGGAGCUAUUUACUCGGACCACCAUGCAACAGGAUGCACAAGAGUGUUAAGUGAUAAGUGAAGUGUGGGUAAUAAAUAAACGUUCACUCUAUGUGACUAUGAUAUAUUCACAUAUAUAUAAUAUAUUCUCACUGUGGAACCAUUAAAUUUGAUCACUGAGCGACUGGAUAUACUAUUUUUAAAUGAUAAGUACAGUAUGGUAAUGUCCAAAAAGUGACUUUGUGAAAUUGUGAGGUUUUUUUUUGUAUGAUAAGUGGUUUUUGAUAGUUUUGCGUCUCCCUUGAAUUAAAAUUGGUGCAAUUUA